AUGUUCGAGAUCAAGGACGAACACCCACGAGUCGUAGAAGCCAUGAUACGCUCAUUCUACGGACUUCAUUACGAUAUCAACCAAUCCGAACCUCGAAUGUGCCCUUUGUUAUUCAAUGUCAAAGUAUACUCUCUUGCCGACAAAUUCGAGGUGGAAUAUCUCAAAAUCCAGGCCAAAUUAACCUUCGUCGCCCUCGCCCAAGAGAACUGGGACUCGGAUGAAUUCUUGACCGCUGCCUUUGAAGCAUACAAGACAACACCGAAGUCUGAUCGAGGUCUGAGAGAUGUGGUCGUCGCGGUCUACGCGACUCUUGAGUCUCUAUACCCCAUCUUCCAGCAACAUGACGACCAUGCCACCAAGCGGCACAAGACUACUAAAGGGGACGGCAAGGCUACCAAACGGGGCGCAAGAAGUCUGACACAAGAAACUGGGAUAUCAAUGACAGGAAUACCUCUGGGCUACAUUCCACUGGCACGGUUGACAAUGCGCAUAAGACCAACCAACACGAGCAACCGCAAAUACAAGAGGUCGUACGAGCCAAUUCUGUCCGACUCCCGGGUUCCCAUACUCAUAGAUGUUCGAAGCGUUCAUUUUAUCGAUGAUGAUUUGAACAACACGCCACAACCAGACUCGGCCAAUGGCGACGCCAACCGUAUGGAGCUGGAACUCUCUAAUCUAGACGAAGAAGAAUUGCUGAUAUAUCCAUGCGAGGACUUGCAGCUGUUUGAUAUUCUUGGGCAACUCCAGACCGUCAGCAAACUUACUCACGUGGACCAGUUCCUGAAUAAACUGCCCACAGCAUGCUAUCAAGCACACCUAUGCGCUUCAUCAGAUGGAGCAACCUUUGCCCUUGAGACAGUUGUUCUUUGGAGGGAUUCUCUUGAGGCCCCAGAUCUAAAGCGCUUUACGGAAGCAGAGCUGGAAGUCUUCACAAGAUAUGUGCUGCAAGAAACAUGUGUCCGCCCAUCAGGAUUGACCGACUCCGAAUAUUGCAAUAAAAUGCUAGGAACUGCUAAAGAAUGGUAUCCUCGUGAUUUCUACAAGAAUGUUCACGUUCCCAACCCCGCAGAAAGUCCGACGAACCUCACAUGCCCUGAAUUAAAUUGCGAGUUAUACCCGUUCCAGAAAAGAGCUGUUCGCUGGCUUUUACAGAGAGAAGGAAGAGAAGUCAGGCCAAAUGGCGAAAUCGUCCCUAUGGCGGAGCUUCCUAAAAGCAACCUCCCAGCGUCUUUCAAUUCUACGAAAGAUGCCGAUGGACAGACUUAUUACUUUAGUCAUCUGUUUAUGAUUCUGACAACAGAUCUUUCUGGGUGGCACGAUGCCGCAGACAAUCUGAAAGGUGGAAUACUUGCAGAGGAAAUGGGUCUGGGCAAGACAGUCGAAGUGAUUGCUUUGAUAAGUCUGAACAAACGAGAGCCGCAGUUCAAGGCUGAUCCCGACGGAAUUAAACCUACUGGCGCCACUUUAAUCAUCACACCACCAGCGAUUCUCGAACAAUGGAGACAAGAGUUGAAAGAGCAUGCCCCCACUCUGCGUGUUCAUCAUUACAAUGGCAUUAAGCGUGGGAGAGAAACAACCGACGACAUGAUUGUUGACGAGCUUGCUGAGUUUGAUGUUGUUCUAACUACGUACAAUGUCAUUGCUAAAGAAAUUCACUAUGCGGGAACUGCUCCACAGCGAGCUCUACGACACGAAAAGCGUUUUGUGCAGAGGAAGACCCCACUCGUUCGUCUGUCAUGGUGGCGUGUAUGCCUGGAUGAGGCUCAGAUGAUUGAGAGUGGAGUCAGCAAUGCUGCGAAAGUAGCUCGCUUGAUCCCUCGAGAGAAUGCUUGGGCUGUGACUGGUACCCCACUGCGCAGAAACAUAGACGAUCUGUUUGGCCUUCUUCUUUUUCUCCAUUACGAGCCGUUCUGCUUUUCAGCCCCUUUGUGGAAAAGAUUGUGUCAGUGUUUUGGGACAGUCCUGGCAAAAAUUAUACACACAAUUGCUCUUCGGCACAGGAAAGGUCAAUUAUUGGUUGAGCUUCGCUUACCACCUCAAAAGCGUAUUGUGAUCACUACUCCCUUCACAGCUGUAGAAGAACAGCAAUACGGUCAGCUCUUUGAGCAAAUGUGUGAAGAAUGCGGUUUGAGCACAUUGGGAGCUCCCCUUCGAGGCGACUGGGACCCUAAAGAUCCUGUAAUUCUCGACAGGAUGCGUAAUUGGUUAGCGAGACUGCGCCAAACUUGUCUCCAUCCCCAAGUCGGAUAUCGCCGAAUCUUGGGUCCAGGGUCCGGUCCUUUGCGGAGUGUGGAUCAGGUUCUGGACAUCAUGACCGAGACCAACGAGUCGGCCAUACGUACGGAGGAACGAUCACUCAUUUUAUCGCAACUUCGACGAGGCCAGCUUCUGGAAAAUGCCAAACGCCGCCAAGAAGCCCUCGCUCUUUGGCAAAAAGCGUUGGAUCAUGCCACUCAGCUGGUUGAAGACAGCAGAGAGCAACUGCGCCUAGUGAAAUUCAAAAGCGCUACUGGCAAUAACGGGGCUAAUCUAGGAGACACCAAUCUGAAUUGCGAGGAUGAUGAGGAGGACGAACAGGAGGAAGCAGACAAGAACAGCCGCCUCGGCCAAUGUCGACAGAAGCUUCGAGCUGCACUUGAAGUCCAGCAUAUUGCAGUGUUCUUCACUGCGAACGCAUAUUACCAAAUCAAGAGCGAUCCAAAUCUGACUCAGCUAGAUUCGGAUGAGUUCAAAACGCUUGAGAAACGGGAAGAAGAUGCAUAUGAGGCUGCAAAAGUCAUCCGCAAAGAGAUGUUGACUGAUAUUUCUCGGAAAGUCGAGCGCUACAUGAAAGAAAUCAAAAUUAAAGCAAAAGACAAAGCAUUCGUGCACAUCCCGAAAAUGAAACCUCAGCUCUACAGCAAAGGAGUCGAGUCAUAUAAUCUGCUUAGCAAAUUCGAAGAUUUUUGCGACGCUCUUAACAAGCAUGCUGACCAAUACAAGGAAUGGCGAGAUGCCAUGGUUAAACUGGUCUCUCAGUCACUCAUUGACCAGGAAGAAGAGGCAAAGCUAGAGGGCGAUGAGUAUGAGCGGUCAACAAAACACCAAGACGAGAUGUAUGUCUACAUGGAGGCUUUGAGGUCAAUGUACAGCGACCGAUAUGAUGCUCUCACUGGUCAAAAGAAUACUCUCAUUUCCCACGAAGCCAAAGCCGGAAUCAUCCAAGCCCAAAAAGGUGAGGGGCCUUCUCCGGAAUUAUUUCUCAAGAUCAUGGAGACUCGCAGUCGGAUUAUGCCUGAUCCGAGUCUUGGAUCUCUCCGCAACAUUGUCAGUGAGCUUCGCAAACUUGUGACGUCGCUGGAGUGGCAAGCCAGCUCGGGCAAUUCGCGUGCUCGUGCUGAACACGAGAUCGUCGAAAUGGUCCUGAAAAAUGCCGGUCAAAUGAUCGCUGAGCAACUGAAGGUUACGAACAAACUGAGCAGAGAAGUUGAAAUGUUCCGCGACACCAUGAAUAAUCGAUUGGAGUAUUACCGUCACCUGCAGCAGAUUUCGGAUACGGUGGCCCCAUACGACGAGGAAAAUGCAGGCAGGCCGCUAGAUGAAUCCGCUUUUUAUUUGAGACUCGAGCAAGAGGAGGUUAUAGAAGAAAAGAUUGCUUCCCUCAAGUCCAAAGCAAGAUACCUCAUUCACCUACGAGAUGAUGGUGGCUCCGAAAGUAAUCCCCGAGAGUGCAUUAUCUGCCAAUCGACGUUCGAAGUCGGCGUAUUGACUGUGUGUGGUCACAAGUACUGCAAGGAUUGCUUGCGAAUGUGGUGGUCUACACACCAAAAUUGUCCAAUGUGCAAGAAGAAGUUGAAACGUAAUGAUUUUCACCAGAUCACAUACAAGCCACAGGCACUAGUUGCACAGGAGGAGAAGUCAUCCGUCAAACUUGAUCACGAAGGUCAUUCUCAGAAUGCGAUUUACAGUGACAUCAGCUCCGGUCAUCUCAAUGAGAUCAAGAACAUUGACUUAGAGGGUUCUUAUGGGACAAAAAUCGACACUUUGGCCCGGCACAUCCUAUGGCUGCGGGAACAUGACCCUGGCGCAAAGUCAAUCAUUUUCUCUCAAUACGGAAGCUUUUUGUCGGUAUUACAGACCGCAUUCAGCUCCUUUGGAAUAGUCACUACUAGUAUUGACUCCCCCAAUGGCAUUGAAAAUUUCAAAACAGACCCGGCUAUUGAGUGCUUUUGUUUGCAUGGUAAAGCGCAGUCUUCCGGGCUGAAUUUGAUCGUUGCAACCCAUGUCUUCUUAUGCGAGCCACUAAUCAACACAGCAAUCGAGCUCCAGAUCAUCGCCCGAGUGCAUCGUAUUGGUCAAUAUCGACCAACAACAGUAUGGAUGUACCUUGUCUCCGGCACGGUGGAAGAAUCCAUAUAUGAGAUCUCAGUAACCCGACGCCUAGCUCACAUCACGGAGAAAGAGAAGCAACAAAAAGCAGCACUAUUAACAUCUCCUGCGGAUGAAGAUGGUGUUACUGAAGCGGCCAUUGAAUCUGCUAACUCGAUAGAACUACAAGAUGCCACUCUCACCACUAUGAUGCAACGCGGUUCUCUGGGUGGGGAGAUGGUGAAGGAGGACGACCUUUGGCAGUGUCUCUUUGGAAAUCCGAAGAAGAAAGAUGGCACCGAUCUUUCUGCUGAGGCGGAAAGAGAAGUUGGUCGUUUCCUGAGAGGCGAAGCUGCUGAGCAGAGAAUGGACAGUUGA